AUGGAACAUAACAAAGAGUCAACUGUGCCCAUUCCUACACCCACGGCCACUGAGCCAGCUACAGAGCCUGCAGUAGGUACAGCUGUACUAAACGCAGUGCCAGUAGACGGAACACCGUCGCCCACAGGACCUGAAACAACUACACCUACCGCAACAAGAGCAGUCCCUGUGUCGGACCCGAUGGCGAUCAUCCCCGCAGAGAGUGGACCUCCUCCACAAUACGAUGACCACAAGCAAGACCCUAUAACGACUCCGGCUCCGGCAGUCACAUUGCCACAAACCAACGAGAAAGGCCCCGUACCUGGUGUACAAGUCCCAGUCGCUCAAAGAGUCAUCUCGCUGGCCCAACUUGGCGAAGACCCCGGACGGAUAUGUUGUCCAUUUUGCUUCCACGAGGUUCAAACCAGAGUGAACAAAGAGAGUACCAGUUCGACAACUCUGGCGGCCGUCGGCUGCUGUCUUUUCGGUGGGAUUUGCUGUGCAUUCCUACCGUACUGCAUGCAAAUGUGUCACGACUCGCACCAUUUCUGCACAAACUGUGGUGUUCAAGUGGCUAUUGUUCCUCACGAUGGCCCGAUACAACAGUUUGGUCCCAACUCCCCUGGGGCAAUUAUCCAAGCACCGGGACGCAUCGAGCCUCCGCAGGCAGUCAUGAAGAACUGA